AUUACACUGCCGUGUUUACCAGCGGUUUUCGUAGAAAUGGCCUCUGUUGAAGUGGAUAAUAUAAAACGUAAAUCAAACCGCGCGAGAAAAUUUUUGACUCUUAUAUUUUUGAAACUUCGUCCAAUCAAGUUAACCGUCUGGCGUCUUUUUCACCUCAACAUAUCCUUUUGUAUAUACCUGCUUGGUAUCUGCACUAGUUAUGUUAUUGCUAUUACUCAGUUUACUGAAUUGUAA